GGGGGUGUUGGGCGUUUCAGCUAUGAAACAAACACUGUGCGGCUGCCGCUUCGUUCUAAGACUCCAACACUGACACAUUUUUCAGAAGAAUGGAUGCAGCUGAUGAAAUGGAUGAAGAUGAACUUCUGGACUACGACGUUCAGAUGAGCAUUCAGGAGUCGUGUCAGAGAGGGCAACUAACAGGAUCAGAAAGGUGCAGCAACAUGAAACACCUUCACCAUGCAUUUAAAUGUUUGUAUUUUUAUGUGAUUUAACUGUAUCAUCCUGUUUGUAUGCUCAGGACUGAAGCUCUAAAGCUUGUGGAGGCCAUUAAACAAGGCGACAUGUUGGCACUGCAGGAGCUCUGUGAAUUCCCUGUAGCCUUCAGCCAGGUGGAUGAGUGUGGCUGGUAUCCUCUGCACAGGGCGGUGGUCCAGCCUUUGGUCCCUGUCCUGGAAAUGGUGCUGUAUGCGUCUUUCCGUCUGACUCUGGAGGAAAAGACUUCGGAGGGUGAGACCUUCCUGACUCUAGCGGUGAAAGCUGGUCUGCUGGAAAAUGUGAAGAUGCUCCUGGAUCAUGGAGCUUCUCCUCACACCACCAACAGCAAGAACGAAUCCCCUCUGCUUUUAGCAGUCAGAGCCAGAUCUUAUCAGAUGGUCUCCAGUCUAAUAGCUGGAGGAGCUCGGGUGAAGCAGGUGUGUCAGAAGAAGUGGACAGCCAUGCACGAGGCCUCCAGGGCAGGCUGUGUUCAUGUCAUGGAGCUCCUGUUGCAGAACGGAGGUUUGGUUUCAGAGACAGACCAGCAUGGAGUGACUCCUCUGGGCAUCGCUGCAGAGUACAGCCACCCUGAAGUCCUGGAGCUCCUCAUCAAACAUGGUGCUGAUGUAAAUGCCCAGGCACCAAAUGGUGACAGCGUCCUGUACGACGCUGCAGGUUCAGGAAAUCCAGACUGCAUCGACAUCCUGCUGCAGCAUGGAGCAAAUCCCAACAUCCGCAACCUGAGCUCCCAGCUGCCCAUCCACCAUGCCGCAUAUGAAGGACACUACCUAGCUUUGAGGAUUUUGAUCCCGAUCACAACUAGACGGGCCCUGCGGCUAUCCGGCCACAGCCCCGUCCACUCUGCUGCUGAUGGAGGCCACGUCCAUUGCCUGGAGCUUCUGCUGCAGAAAGGUUUUAAUGUCAACUCAUUGUUAGAUCCUCACAUCUCAGAUAAUUAUGGAGACAUGAGGAGAAGCCCGCUCUACUUUGCUGUAUCCAAUGGCGACGCAACCUGUACUGAGAUUCUGCUAAAGUCGGGAGCCAACCCUGACCUGGACCCACUGCGCUGCCUUCUGGUGGCGGUCAGGUCAGGACGCUACGAGAUUGUGAAGCUGCUGCUGGCAGCCAAAGCAAAUGUGAACUGUUACUUCACAGUGGUGAACGACACAGUGUUUCCCACUGCUCUGCAGUAUUGUCUGAAAGAUGAGGUGAUGCUGAGGCUGCUGCUCAACAACGGCUACAACGCUGAGAAGUCUUUCUGUUGUAACCAUGACGAUGACUGGGAGGACCUAAUUCAGUCUGAUUACUCAGAACAGGAGGAAAAAGUUCCUUUUUGUGAUUUUGUCAGCGUCUCCUGGCUGGUGAACCUGGUGGGCCGAAUCGUGUCGAUCCUUCUUGAUUAUGUCGGUCAGGUUUCUAUCUGUGGCAAACUGACAAAAAUCCUGGAGAAACACAAGGAGUGGCCUCACAUUCGCUGGACCUUAUGUAACCCUCGCUCUCUGUCUCACCUGAGCAGAGUGGUGAUCAGGAAACACCUAAACUGCAGUGAUCUGAUGUUGGUCCAGCUGCCCAACAGGCUGAAGGACUACCUGCUGUUCAAAGAGAACGACCUGUACAGCAGAAUCAUCUGUGGGGAGAACUGAGGAGAGGAGGACUUCUAUCUUAUCUACUGAGUCUUAAAUGUCAGGAAUUACUGUAUUUAUUUGCCUCUUGUGGUUUAUGUAACAGGACUGGUAUUUAUAUAUAUGUAAAAUAUUUAAGAAUUACAUUUACGAAAUAAGACAAAUUUAGCAAGAUACUUACAGGGUAAGAGUAACUAUGUACAUUGAGUAGAAACAGCCAAACAAGACAAGUGGCAGAUCCUAAAUCCAGACUACACAUUCAUUCUAAGCAGGUCUUCAGUAUAAAAUGUUCACACUGGAAAGGUACCAGAAUAAGUGUACUUUAACCAGACACCACACAUACUAAAUACAGUUGUCUUUUUUAGUUUUAUUUUAGUACUAUUCACAAUGCAAUGAACAAAUGAAAUGGAGGUGCUGCACACAACUUAAAAAAAAAAAUAGAAUUUAUUGUGGCUGGUCAUUAAACACCUUAAGCAAAUAUGAAGUAUAAGAUCUGUUUGCGAAGUUAAGCUGGCAGUGACGUUCCCAUGUCACAGUUGCACGUAUUGUAACACUUAAUAUAAAACUGUUUAAU